UAUAAGAGCAUUGUAUGUUUCUACCUCCCUCACACACAUACACACACUGGGUGUGUUUGCUGGGAAGGGUCCAAGGGAAACUAGGGAUAACAUUGUCUACCUUCCACUAAAGGAAUAUCUUGCUCUGGCACUCCCACUCACAGAUCCUGGAUCAGCAUCUUAAAGUGAGACGAUACACGCUGUCCUAUACCCAUCAUCAGAAGCCUGCAGCAACAUCCCCAUUAUCACCUGAUCUGUGCGACGUGUUUGACCUGCCAUCAGCGCCGUCACUCGCCAGCGACAUCAACACCGAACCCUUCUGACGUUAUCGGGGAGACCAUGAGCAACAACUACAGCGUCACUCUUUUAGGCCCCGCCCCCUGGGGCUUCAGGCUGCAGGGAGGGAAGGACUUCAACAUGCCCCUCACCAUCUCCAGGCUGACCGCUGGUGGGAAGGCGGCUAAAGCCAGCAUCGCUGUCGGUGACUUGGUUCUGUCCAUUGACGGCAUCGCCACGGAGGGCAUGAACCACCUGGAGGCCCAGAACAAGAUCAAGAGCAGCGCUGACAACCUCAGCCUCACCCUGAAGAAGGCCUCCAGUGUUCCCAAACCUCCUGCUGUGGCUCCAAAGGACGACAGGUCAGACAUCAUAAAACCGGUGGCCCUCACCCCCCCGCCUCCACCAUCCCACCCACACCCUCACCCCUCCAGCCCCUUCAGCAAAACCCCCAGACCUUACGGGGGCUGCGGGGCGAGGAGCGAGUACACUCCGCCGCAGUCGCCCUUUGCUGCCUUCAUCCCGUCCCCGUCCUCCGCCUUCACUCCCGCAUCCUCCUACGCCAGUCCCCCAACUCCUCCUCUUCCUCCUCCCCCGCCUCCUGUCUCUUACCCAUCCUCUGCCUCCUCCUCGCCCCCGGUCCUGGUUCCGCCUCAGCCGUCGGUGUACAACACCCCCAUCAACCUGUAUUCCAAUGAGAACGCCUGCGAGGUGGCCAUGGGGCAGAGGCGGGGCCUGUUGGAGAGUCAGGGCGGAGCGUUGCCGCUGCAGAUUAAUGGAGUUCCCAGGAAGCAUGUUGUUGAAACGGACAUCCAGUUUUACCACGUGCCCACGCACGCCGACGCCAGCAGGAAGCGCAUAACGGAGGACACCGAGGACUGGCGCCCGCGCACCGGCACCACCCAGUCCAGAUCCUUCAAGAUUCUGGCUCAGAUCACUGGCACCGAGCAAGCUCAAAAUGAGGAAGAGGAAAAAGCACAGAAGGCAAAUGAGGACGGGGGCGAGCCUCAACUCAACAGCCACGAGACUGCAGUUGUCAAAACCAUGAUUAAAGUACCUGCUGCAAGCCACGGUCAACGCCCACGGACCGGUUUGAUCCUUCCAUCUUUCGGUAUGAAGGGUAACGGCAGUGCCAGUGUCCCGAGGGGUCCUGUCCCAGCCCGACCUGUACCUCAGCCCCAUACCACAGACGAAGACACCCUGGUCCAGAUGGCCGAGCACAUUCCUGCAGGGACUCGUACGCCCAUGUGUGGCCACUGCAACCAGGUCAUCAGAGGACCCUUUUUAGUAGCGCUGGGGAAGUCGUGGCAUAAGGAGGAGUUUAACUGCGCCCACUGCCGCACGUCCCUGGCAGACAUCGGCUUCGUGCAGGAGCAGGGAUGUGUUUACUGUGAACACUGCUAUGAAGACUUCUUCGCUCCAACAUGCAGCCGUUGCCAGGCCAAGAUACUGGGGGAGGUGAUCAAUGCCCUCAAGCAGACGUGGCACGUGCACUGCUUUCAGUGCGCUUGCUGUCAGCAGCCAAUCAGAAACAACACCUUCCAUCUGGAGGAUGGAGAACCGUACUGUGAGCAAGAUUUCUACAAUUUGUUCGGGACUGGAUGCCAUGGCUGUGAGUUUCCCAUCGAGGCUGGAGACAAGUUCCUGGAGGCGCUCGGUUUCACCUGGCACGACACCUGCUUUGCUUGUGCUGUGUGCUGCACCACGCUGGAAGGACAGACCUUCUUCUCCAAGAAAGACAAACCUCUCUGCAAGAAACAUGCUCACACGAUCAAGAUUUAAAUCUCAGACUCUUCUCACACUUUUUUGGCUGUGGAACAUUUGAUAGGUCGAGAGGUUCUUUUACUUUAUUGCUUAGUUUGUCCAACAAUACAACUCAAGCAAUACCCAUUCAUGCCCAGUGGUGUCUCCUGGUGAGCUAUUCAGCAAUAUAAUAAUAUGUAGAGAAAACACGAUUUACAUUUGCUUUCAUUAUCCCUUUGAGACGCAGCAGUGAGGCUCACAGUUUAUAAUGACUCUUCUCAGUUUCAUCCAGUUUUCAAUGGAAAUACUUCCAGACUCGUUUCCAUCUGGAAUUUGCGAUUCUGUGAAAACCCAGAGUUUGAUUUGGACUUUUUUAGUGGCACGACCGUGGUGACUUCAUCACAUUUUCUGUUCUUAUGUGUCAAAUAACACGUCACUCAUUGUCAUUAGACAGUACCAGAGAUGUGUGAAGUGAUUAUAUGGAAAAAAUGAGAGCAAAGUAUAUCAGACAACUUUAUUCAAAGAAGGCUUUUAUUUUUCGGUGUUCAUUUUUGUGUAGUUUUAAUCAGAUUACAGUCUGAGCAGCACCUAUGACUAGUUUAAGCUGUUUUUAUAUAAUUUGGGCUGAGUGAUGAUUAAAGCUGUUGCCUUUGACAAAUGCUUAAAUUAAACCGUUUUUUAUUUUUUAAUUAAUACUAUUUCAAUUUUUUUUUUUUUUAAAUGAACGUAAUGAAGUCAUUUUAUUUUCAAUUUGUUGUGUGAAACCAGUUAACACUGAGAAAUCUAUCACCUGUUUCAAAACAAAACGUUAACAUUUAGUAAUAUAUGGAACAAUGAGGCACUUGAGUAAGACAAAGAGAAGGAAAAUUGAUCUUGAUUUUAUUGAAGACAUAAAUAUAAAUAAAUAAGUAUAUAUACAAAUCGAUAAAAUAUAAAACCCCUAUUUGUAUAUUAAUGUAUCUCUCCUUACUAUGUUUUCUAUUCUGAGUGCCAUAUAGUUUCAUGAUUUUUAUACAAUUUACUUUGUAUUAUUUUAUAUAUAAAUUUUCCAAAUUGCAUACAUUUUUGAUUGAUUUGGUCCUCUAUGUGCCUCACAAAAGAAAUAAGCUCUAUGUGUCCUGCAGGAGAAUGGGUUGUCAAACCUGGAUAUUAUGAGCUAUGUAUAUUUUAUUUUACAGACGAUAUGUAUUUAACUGGGUGAAGGGAGUGGAUUCUGGUGAAGGGAAUAGAUGCCAAUUAGUUGAUCAUUUUUUUUAUGUCACCUAACCGUCCCAAUGUGCUGAUUUCACGAUAUAUAACAUUUUCAUUCUGGCUGAGGGGUUAAUACUGUACUGUCUUUCUUGUUUUGUUUUCUACACAGGAGAGCAAAUUUUGACAAAACUCUGUAAUCUUAAUUUCAAAUAAUUAUCAUUUAGAAAACUGGGUUUUUACUUUAUGGGACGAAGGGAAUUAGAACAAUGUUCAGUGUUGACUAACUGUGGUUUCAAAGAAUAAAAGCUCAGUCUGACCUGUUCAAUCGGAUCUAUGUUCAUUUAAUAAAUGAUGUAC